AUGAAGCGUCAGGUCUUUUGGCGUCAAACAACAAGCGAAGAGUUGCUGGGUUCUGCCAAGAAGGUGAACGUCAACUUCCAGGACACUGAUGGAUUUUCACCACUGCACCAUGCAGCUCUCAAUGGAAAUGUGGAGGUUAUAUCACUGCUGCUGGAGUCUCAGGCCAUAGUGGACAUCAGGGACCUGAAAGGGAUGCGGCCUCUGCAUUAUGCAGCAUGGCAGGGAAAGUCAGAGCCCAUGAAGUUGCUACUGAAGUCAGGCUCCUCAGUGAACGGUCAAUCUAAUGAGGGUCAGAUCCCCCUGCACCUGGCCGCUCAACACGGACACUAUGACGUAUCUGAGAUGCUUCUGCAGCAUCAGUCGAACCCCUGCAUAGUGGACAAUGGUGGGAGGACCCCACUGGACCUGGCUUGUGAAUUCGGCCGGGUUGGGGUGGUCCAGCUGCUACUGAGCAGUAACAUGUGUGCAGCUCUAUUGGAGCCCAAGCCUGGAGAUUUGACUGAUCCCAACGGCACCAGCCCGCUGCAUCUCGCUGCCAAGAACGGACACAUCGACAUCAUUAGAUUGCUGAUCCAGGCUGGUAUCGACAUCAACAGGCAGACCAAAGCGGGCACUGCCCUCCAUGAGGCUGCGCUGUGUGGGAAGACUGAUGUGGUGCGCCUCCUGCUGGAUAGUGGCAUCAAUGCAACAGUGAGAAACACAUACAGCCAGACAGCGCUGGACAUCGUCUACCAGUUCACUGCUACACAGGCCAGCCGAGAGAUCAAGCAGAUGCUGCGAGGUAAGAAAAGGGAUGCCUCAGCAGCCUUGCAGGUCAGGGCACUGAAGGACUACUGUAACAAUUACGACCUGACUAGCCUUAACAUAAAGGCUGGAGAUGUCAUCACGGUUCUGGAGCAACAUUCAGACGGAAGGUGGAAGGGCUGCAUCCAUGAUAACCGCACAGGAAAUGACAGAGUGGGCUACUUCCCCUCCAGCUUGGUGGAAAUGAUCAGUAAGAGGCCUGGGGCUGCGGGUUCAUGGAGUCCAGUCACUUGUACCCAACAGUAUCAAAAGAUACAGCUCUGUGCGCCGGUGUGCGGCCCUGUGUCGCCCGCCGUUGCCAUGGUGAAUGGGGACUCGUAUCAUGAGAUUCAUAUCCUGCCGCCUCCUCCACCUCCGCCACCACAUUCCCAUCUGCCACUUUUCACUUCCUUUGGCUAUAACAGGUCCCCAAAAACCUCAGGAGAGCCGCACAGUGGACAAGAGACCAAGAAUGACCAAGAUUUGGCUAGUUCUCGCGGCUCAGAGUCCAGUCCGCAUGGCUCACCCACCCCAGCUGGUGGUACCCAGGGCGGCAGCAGCGAGGAGAUCUGGGUGCUGCGCAAGCCUGUGGCAGGUGGAGACCGCAGCAGUGUGGGCAGUUCAGGCAGCGUGGCCAGUGCCAGAUCCUCUGGUAGUGGACAGAGUGCAGGCAGCAGCACUAUCCUUCAUGCACAGGCAGAGGGAGUCAAGCUUCUGGCCACGGUUUUGUCCCAGUCUGCCAAAGCUAAAGAACACCUGCUGGAGCAGACCAAGUCUUUGGACCACCCCUCUCACGCUUCCAGCAACAAGGGACCCUCCUCACGCAGUCAGAGUAUAUCAAGCUGUCCACUUCAUGAGCAGCCAUAUGGGGAGGCGGUGUCCCAGAGGAAAGGGGAGGCGCUGCCUGAGGGGAAGAGCUCAGAGGCUGUUAUCGAAUGGCUGAGUGAAUUUCAGCUGCAGGUCUACGCUCCAAACUUCAUCAGCGCCGGCUAUGAUAUUCCUACCAUUAGCCGAAUGACCCCAGAGGAUUUAACAGCUAUUGGAGUAACCAAACCAGGACAUCGAAAGAAGAUAACUUCAGAGAUCACUGUUAAUGAGUGGCUGCCUGACAAAAAACCGGCGAAUCUUGGAGAGUGGUUAGCUAUGAUUGGGUUGAGUCAAUAUCACCAAGUCUUAGUCCAAAAUGGAUACGAGAACAUUGACUUUAUCACUGACAUCACGUGGGAGGACCUUCAGGAGAUUGGCAUUACAAAACUUGGACACCAGAAGAAGAUUAUGCUUGCAGUAAAGAAGCUGGCAGAGAUCCAGAAGGCCUCUGACGGUCGCAACACAUUGCGUAAAAAGCCUCCAGCCACUCAGGAGGUGAUGACUAUUGAGAGCCCACCCCACGACAGCGGAGAGUGUAUGUCCCCUAAAAUGAGCACUUUCCAGGACAGUGAACUGAGUGGGGAGUUACAGGCUGCUCUUACACGCCCUGCUGAUGUGCAGGAUGGCACAGAAGUGAGAACCAACAGCAGCCUGGGAGCACAACACCGAGCCCGCAGUCUGCAUGAGAACAGCAUGAACAAGAGCCGAGACACAGAGGAGCCUAGUGGGCCACCCAAAAAGGAGGCACGUACCAUGCGCCAGAGCAGCCAGGGGGGCCAGAGAAGUGUCUCAUCGGCGCAGGCAAAACCGCGUCAGUCUUAUCCCCAAGGUACAGGACCGCCCUAUACUCCACCACAAACGCCCACCAAUACAAAACCUCCCACCUCACAGACGGUGGGCAACCCACCGGGUAAACAAAAACCUAGUUCUCAGCUGCUUCAACAGACCGAAAAGCCCAUGACACCUCGUGCUCACCCCCAAUCCCCCACUCAAAGGUCCCAUCCACACCCAGCUGCCCAGCCUGUGGAAACUAUGGAAGCUGCACCCCAAGGACCUGCUGUCUCAGUACCACUCCUGUGCCUGCCUCCAGAAGGCAACGAAGCUUGCGAUGAGUAUGGUCUACCUAAGAAACGUGCCCACAGCCUGAAUCGCUAUGCUGUGUCUGAUGGUGAGCAGGAGCGGGAAGAGCUAAAUGUGCCAGAUUUAGGAGGAAAGUAUGCCACAGUACAGCACCGGGUGUGUCGCAGCAACUCAAUGAAAGGGCAGGCAGACAAAAAUGUCAACCGAAGCCAGUCCUUUGCACUCAGACAGAAGAAGAAGGGUCCUCCUCCACCUCCCCCCAAACGCUCUAGUUCAGCCAUCUCAAGCUCCAGUAGUAAUCUGACAGAAGUGCCCAAGGAGACGAGCAGUGGACCUCUUCUGGAGGUUCCCUACCAACCACAAAGACGUGCAAGUGACCUGGGUGGCAUUGUAGACACGGGCAGUACUGGUAGUGUGAAGAGCAUUGCGGCCAUGUUGGAAAUGUCCUCCAUUGGUGGGGGUGCCAAGGGUCUCCAUUUGCAGAAAUUUGCAGGUCACUAUCUGCAGGUGGGUUCUGCAGGAGCAAAGCAGCGUGAUGCCAUUGGACUGGAUGGAGAAGUAGUGAACCGUCGCAGGACUAUUAGUGGGCCUGUCACUGAGUUAGUAGCAGCUGCCAAGCGAGGACCACAGCCGGAGCCAGUCCAGGAUAGACAACGCAAUGAAACCCAGCCAAGCUCUAGUGGGAGCUCAGCAGAGAACCUUCCAUUUGCUGAGGAUGGAAACAUCAUCAUCAAACAAAGACCUAGACAGGGCAAAGAUGAGACUGAGGAGGGACUAGAAAUGUCAUACUCUUUACCCCAGGAGAACCGUUCACGUGUGGAUGCCACAGCCUCACUGAAAAGGACGGUCCAGAGCACCAAGCAGCAACCAAAUGGCACCAAGUUCCAUCUCACAGAGUCAAAUACGGUUAAGCGCCGCCCCAAGAGCAAAGACAAAGAUACAGAAGAACUUCAGGAUGGGCAGAUGCCCGUACCAUAUGAGAAUGGGACUGGCACCAUUAAAAGGCGCCCUGUGUCAGAGGUGACUGUUUCAGAACAGCCCAGGCCACAGGAACAUCCUGAGAACUCACCCCGUCGGGACAGUGCAGACCUGGAAGGCCAUGUUACUGAGAGUGCCCCUCGUAAGUCUGUCAAACCUCCGGUGUCCCCCAAACCUGUUCUGGCCCAGCACAUGAAGAAACAAGGACCACCAGCUGCCAUCACCAAGAAAGCCCCAUUUCCUGGACCAACUGGGGCACCUGGCAGCCCAGGUACUACACAGUGCGGCCCUUUCACUUGCCCUGUCUUUACACAAUUAUUUGAAGGAAAGAAAGUACCUCCUCCAAUUUCACCAAAACCUACACCUCCUCCCACAGCUCCCAAACCAUCCAAAAAUGUUCUGCAGUCUUUAAAUGUGACACCUAAUCCCACUCCCAAGCAGACUGUCACCAGAAUGGCCAGCACAGCUUCUGCCCAGAACAACCACCCUGUCAAGGCUACAACCCCACCAGCCUUGAGUGCGCAGACCCCACACACACCCCAGUCUCCUCACACCCCACAGACACCUCAGACACCCCAAACCCCACAGACACCCCAAACUCCCCAGACAUCAGGUCCCCCAACCCCCAUCCCUACACCCCCACCUGUGAAGCCCCCUCGCUCUUCAAUCAGUGGGGUGUCCAUGGACAGUUCAACUGGAUCAGCGUUUGUCGCAGGGAUAGUGACAGUAGAUGCAGUGCACCAGAAGAUAGAGGAGACCAGUGCCUCACUGGCUGCAGCCCUGCAGGCUGUAGAAGAGAAGAUCAAGGAGGAUGGGCAAAAAGACUCAUUGGCUGAAAACAAGAGCACAGUGAGCAUCCUAGACGACAUCGGCAGCAUGUUCGAUGACCUGGCCGACCAGCUGGAUGCCAUGCUGGAGUGAAGAGCACAGCCUGUGUCUCUGUGGCACAACCUCAGGGCCCCGGGAGAGCACAAGGGCACAAUGACCAACAACAUACCCACCUAUCCCUUCCUAAUCCUCAACACUGGCUCCUCUCACCCCUCUUUUCUCCUCCCCUUUCCCCAUCGCCAUGAAACACCUAUCUCUCCUCUCUCCCUCCGAGUUGGUUUGCACAAACCCGAGCUGAUGUACCUCAGGACUGGGCAGAAGGCCAUCCAGGGCUUUAAACAUCAAAGACAGAGCAGAGGGUGGAGAGCAGAUGUUGGGUUUUAAUACAUAAUGCUCAACUCUCUGUCCAUGGAAUAUCUCUAUCUACUAUGAGCAAUGAGUAGUAAAAUAAUAUGAAAACAAUAAUAACUGUAUAUGAAAUAAUAGUAUGGUAUGUGUAUAUUGUAAGCAUGAGGAAAGUUUGUAUCUAUAAAGAAAAAAAUCUUAUAGUGAGAGUCAUGCAUUAGUACAGUUAUAUAUAUAUAAAUAAAUAUAAAUAUUUUAUGUUUUUAUUUCAUGUUCAAUGGUACAGACAGUGUUGAAACAUUAAGAAAUUUAUGAUGACAGAUAUGUGGAUUUUUCUAUGACUAUAUUGAAGUUAAAAAAAAAAAAAAUCUGUAUGUUUGGCUGUGCUCUGCUGAAGAGUGUUGUGGGCUGUGUUGAAUGUAGUGAAGUGACUGAAGUGGCUGUUUCACCCCCUGCUCUGUGCUUGCUCUGGGCUCCCGCUCUGUGCUGUUGUGACCUUUUAUGUUUCCAUUCACUUUCUGCCUGUGUGAACUCAUACAUUCCUGCUCCUGCACAGCCUUCCUCCUUCACCUGCCCUCAUCAUGUGCAGUGUCCUGUGUGCCUUAACAUGAGAGGUGACCUCAGUGUUUCUAACACACAAGCAAACCGGUUCAAACUGAGAAAAGGUCCCGUGUCCAUGUGGGAGGCACUGCCUUAAGCCAGUAGAAAAGGAAGGGCCUGUGUGUUCUGAUUUGGUGAGGAGUGAUUCGCAUCCUUGGACAUCUCCAUGCUUCAGUCAUCUGCAGCAAGGUGAUAUACAGUUUAGGCCAUGAAGUCAACAUGAAUUGCUGGUUUACGUCCAUGAUGUGAUGCAUUUCCAGGCAAAACAGGAUAUGCAAGGAAAAAAUGUACAGUGGGACUAUAUGGUGAAGAUAGGCACUGAAUAGCUAUUGGUUAGCAUUAUGCAAUAGCCUGUGUGGCCUAAGUAAAGUGCGAUGAAUGAAUUGUUCACAAUAAGACCAGGAUCGUGCAUUUAGAAAGUAAAUAGAGUUAUGUUGACUUUGACUAUACGAGUGACCUCAGAAACACAGGCGAGAACAAGGUAGAGGGGUCUAUUGAUGUUUGACGGCUUGCAGAAGGUGGGAUGUCAGGAAGCACAAAGUGAGGAAGUUGCAAAUGUGUGUGUGAGUGUCAUAAAACAGGAAUCUAAAACUGACUGACAGUGUAGUGAACUAACAAGGAUUUCACAAAUGUUGAUGUGGCUUGAUGCUCAGCAUUUCCACCUACCCAAGGAAUCUUCUUAGCUUAAGGGUCUGAGCUUGGACAGGUGUAGUUCCAUUGGAAGCCUGCAUGCAGUCUAACCUCAGCACAUCGCUCAGUGGCUGUUUAAGGGUGUGAAUUGUACCAUGGUGUGCCUGCUUUGUUUUGCAUUCCCCCCAAUAUCAUCCAGACAGACAUAUCCUUAAUGACCAAAGUAAGAGCUCUGGUCCAAGAUGCAGUUAAGCAUGGUCCAUAACUUAUUCUGAAAAACAUAGCAGUAUCUAUGUUAAACAUAUUCACUGAGAAUCACAUUGAGUAACUUUAUAGG